GUUCAAACAAGAUGCAACUAAAAUUAAAUGGUUUGUAAUUGAUAAAUCCGAUGAAUUCAAAGAUAAUUAUACAAAUUCUAAAGUUACUUGUGGAAGACUUGACAUUGAUGGAUCACAAAAUGAAAUAUUCAUCAAGACUAAUAAUAUUAAAGCAAAUUAUGUACUUGCAACUUCAUUUGUGCAUAAAUCACAAAGUGAUACUACUAGUUAUUACAAUAUUGCACUCAAAUAUUGGACUAAAUAUCGAAUUGGAUUUAAAAAAUCAGGAUGGGAUUAUUCUUAUAAUGAUUCAAGAAAAGAAUAUGAUGAUUUAAUAGAUUAUGAACAAAAUAAUUUGUGGUUAUCAGAUACAAAUGAACAUCACAGGCAAGAUACCAACUUUAGUAGAAUAUUUAAUUUAGAUAUAACUGUGAAUAAGUCACUAGCAAACAGGGAUCGCCCCAAAGACAUAAAGGCAAGAAACGAAUAUGCUUUAAAGCUAUCAAUUAAUGCCCCGACUUUAAAUACUUUGAUAAGACACAUUAGUCAAGCUGAUGCAGAAAGAAUUCAACGCCUUCAACAAAAGCAUAAUUUACCUUGGGCUAGUGAUUUACCUAUAUCAGUAUUCGCAUAUAUAGUUACCGAAGCUUCAAAACGUAUGAAACGAAAUCAAGAACAAUUAUUCUUAGACGCAAUGAGAUUUCAUGAAUUAGAUGGUUACUUAAUUGAUCAUGAAAAACUUCAAACGUAUACAACAUCCAUAAAGUCACUUUCUUUAUCACCUAUUUACUAUUAUUGGGCACUUUCUAAAUUUAAACCAGAUUCGUCAAUAGCAUCACUUUGUUUCAAAGAUAUUUUAGAAAAAAGAAUUAGUAUUGAUAUUAAACGACAAAAUUCAGAUGAAAUUUUGAAUGGAACUCAAACAGAAAUCGAAAUAGCAUGCAACAUUUAUAAUACUUAUUGUAAUGCAGGAAAUUUUUUCUUACCUAUUUACAUGAGUUCAAUUUCUUUAGUAUCAGAUGAUGAUAUACUUGGACCAUUAUUCAAAGGUUAUUUACCAAAAUUAUACAAAAUUCCCGUUUCUUUCCAAUUCCCUCUACCAAUCAUUGAAGUUCAUAAUUGUGUAUUUCCACCUUUACCACCGAUAAAUGUUCAUUCUAAUGAAAAUGAAGAGAAUGAAGAAAAAUAUGAACAAAAUAUUCAAGAAUGGUCAGUUGUAUUAAAAAAGAUGAAAUUUGAUAUUGACACAAGAACAAAUGAAGAAAUACAAAUAACUCAAGAAUUUAUGACACUUCUUAGAAAAUUUGUAGCAGAUGCAGAUAUUGAAAUUAAUUAA